AUGGCCGGCGGCGGCGUAGUGGCGUUGUGUCUCGGGGCGGCGCUGCUGGUGGCUGGUGGCUGGGUGCAGCAGUCGGCGACGUCAAAGUUGCUGGCGUGGUGGCUAGGGCCUCGGGGCGGUGCGGGUGGCGGGCGGCGCGGAUGGCUGCCGGCUCCGCGGCAGGCGGCGCGGCUCCCGGCUCCGCGUGGGCGGCGCUGGUGCCUGGACGCAGUGACGCGGCGGGAUGGGCGACGCGAAUCUGGUGGGUGUCGAGAACCAGCUACUUUUGACUUGAUCUCUCUGAAGAUGACUCCUAGCUCGGCCCGAUCAAAGCCAUUGGAUUUUAGUGCCAAUGCCAAGUUCGGUGCCUCAGUUUGGACAAUCACCUGGUUCAUGCCGAGGUAA